CAUGACUUGACAAAUUGUAUACUUUAUGGAAUUCCGUCAGAAUAUAUAAAAAAUAUUAAAAAUGUACUAAAUGUAAAUAGAUUUGUUUUGAAAUUAUGAUAUUUCCGGUUGAACAAAAGAGAGCGGAGUUUGGCGCCUUGCCAAAGAUCAUCAAUGGCGGCAUAGCUGGAGUCAUCGGAGUCACCUGCGUCUAUCCAUUGGACAUGGUAAAGACGCGAUUGCAGAACCAACCAAUUGGACCCAAUGGUGAGCGCAUGUAUAAUAGCAUAGCGGACUGCUUUCGAAAGAUGAUAGCUAGCGAGGGAUACUUCGGCAUGUACCGUGGCUCUUUCGUCAACAUCCUGUUCGUCACUCCCGAGAAGGCAAUCAAAUUGACCGCCAAUGACUAUUUCCGCCAUCGGCUGGCCAGUGACGGCGUCAUUUCUCUACCACGGGCAGGAUUAGCUGGAGGAUUGGCCGGUCUUGUUCAGAUGCUGAUCACGACUCCAGUGGAGCUGGUGAAGAUACGGUUGCAGGAGUCGGGCCGAGUGGCCACUUUGGCCCGAGCUGAAGGGCGCGAAGUGCCAAAAGUGACUACGCUGGGUGUAACGAAGAAAGUGAUACAGGAACACGGAAUUUUUGGAUUUUACAAAGGCAUGGCAAUCACCGCCCAGAGGGAUGUCCUUUUUUCGGUCAUUUAUUUUCCGCUGAUGUCCUACGUUAACGACCUCGGACCGCGGAAGUCAGAUGGAUCUGGAGAGGCUGUGUUCUAUUGGUCACUGAUGUCAGGCCUUUUUGCCGGAAUGGUUGGAGCCAUCUCAGUCACUCCGAUGGAUGUGAUAAAGACUCGGCUACAGGCCGGCAAUAAGGAAUACGCCGGGGUUAUCGACUGCUAUCGGAAAACAUUGAAGCACGAAGGAGUAACUGCUUUCUUUAAGGGCGGCCUUUGCCGCAUAACAGUCCUGGCUCCUAUGUAUGGUAUUGCCCAAACGAUAUACUUCCUGGGAGUCGGUGAAAAGAUACUGGGGCUUGAAUACAAAAAAAGUGUGUAGUGUUUCCCGAAAGUCCGAAAUGCCGAAGCUCCAAUAUCUUUUGUUCAACAACGGCCCGAAUUUAAGUUCUCUUUUACAUAUGUAAUAACAAACACCUUUUAAAACUAUUUAUUUUUCGUAAAAUCUUCUAAAUUUAAUUGUAGUUAAGAAUAUACAUAGUUUUCCUUA